AUGCUGCUACUACCCUUUACCCCUGCCGUAUCCUCGCCACUCAAUCCCGCAAGACUCAGGCCAGCAAGCCCGGUGCAAUCGAGUGACAGGGCACUGGCCGAAUCUGAAUCUGCGCAAAUAGCCUCGCCACGGCCUCACUUGCGAUUUCCGCCUCGUCCAUAUCUGCGGCCAAAGACAAGAAGUACACCAGACCUCCACACUCAAGCAUCACGCUCUCUCGGCAAGCCACUCACAGUAAACAACUUGGGAACCGAUUACACACGGUACUUUAAGCCCUUCUCAGAUGGCACCAAUACUCCCAGUCGUAGCCGGGGGACUUCUAUCUCAGAAAGGCAGUCUCAAGCCAAGCUCGCCCUCACCACCCCUCCGCCACAAGUCUCAUCCGUCAACCCCUUUCUUACACCUAAUGCUCCCGAUACAGGAGCUUCUCAAGGAUCAAGUACUUUAUACGAUUUGGAGAGGAAUGUAUCUUUUGUGGAUGACCGCUUGGUUGCACCCUACGAAGAAAAGGGAAUGGCAUCCUGGCCAUUGGUAUGCGAUCAAGAAGAACCAGACGACGAAAUGCAUAUGCCUCGCGAUGACGAUGACAUACGGUUUAGGCCAAGGAUACGGGAUCAUUUCACCAAGGACAGCAUCGUCUCCACCAUCGGGCUGGUUCUUAUGAUGUUUGGGUUGAUGUUCAUAUUUGUCGGACUACCCGUCCUCUCGGCUGUGGGUCUCAUCGAUUAUAAUUCGGCAUAUGGUAUGCCACUGAGUAUGUUCCCCUACUAUUGGAUACCCCAUACCUGGGCCACAGUGAAUAACAGACAACACCCACUGCUGGAGAACAUGAGAAAAGGUCUCAUCGACCCCGAUACGCCCAAGACAGUAAGGACAAGAAAGGGCGAAUACGGUGAUGAUUACAUACUGGUAUUUAGCGACGAAUUCAACAAAGACGGUCGGUCAUUCUAUGAGGGAGAUGAUCCUUACUUCUUCGCCCCCAACAUCUGGUACGGAGCCACACAAGACCUAGAGUGGUAUGACGCCGAUGCUGUAACUACCAGUCAUGGGUCGCUUCAGAUGCGUUUAGAAGAGUUCUUCAACCACGGACUCAAAUUCAGGUCCGGCAUGUUGAACAGCUGGAACCAGUUGUGCUUCAAAGGUGGCAUCUUUGAAGUUUCGGUAUCUUUGCCUGGGCCAGCAGGUGUUCAAGGACUUUGGCCCGGCGCAUGGACAAUGGGGAAUCUCGGUCGACCCGGAUAUCUAAGUACCACGGAUGGACUAUGGCCCUACACUUAUCAGGCCUGUGAUGCUGGCAUCACACCCAAUCAGUCCAGCCCUGAUGGUCUGUCUCACCUGCCUGGUCAACGACUUCCAUCAUGCACCUGUCCGGGUGAAGAUCAUCCCACACCUGGAACCGGAAGAGGUGCUCCAGAAAUCGACAUCAUUGAAGCAGGAGCUUUCUCAGGCUAUCCAGAACCUCAAGGAUUGCCUAUAGCAACGCAAAGUUACCAGGUUGCCCCGUUCGAUAUCAACUACUACCCAAACUAUAACUUCACGGCGUUUCCAGAUCUGACUUUGAGUGGUUUGAACACGUAUACCGGUGGUCCUUUCCAGCAGGCCAUCUCUGCGACUACAAUGCUCAACAAGGACUGGUACGACAACAAGCAAUACCAGCGCUUCUCUUUUGAAUAUGUGCCCGGACAGGGCAAAGAGGCUUACAUAUUAUGGAAAGUAGGGGGGCAGACAAUGUUCAUGAUGGAUGGCCGGGCGAUUGGAUCAAAUGGCAAUAUACAAGCCCGUCAGAUAUCGGAAGAGCCCAUGUCACUGAUUCUCAAUCUCGGUUUCAGUAAUUCGUGGACGUACAUCGACUGGAAGAACUUGGUAUUUCCAACAACAAUGCACGUCGACUAUGUGAGAUGGUAUCAGAAGAAGGGUGAGAGAAUGGUGACAUGCGAUCCUCCAGGCUUUGAAACGACCGAGUACAUUGAGAAGCACGCAAAAGCCUACCAAAACCCAAACUACACUUUGUGGGACCAAACAGGCUAUGCCUGGCCCAAACAUAGGCUCAACAGCGAGUGCUGA